GAAUGACGACUAAAAGGUUCUUACAUAAAGACUUAUUAUGGUUGUCUGGUUUCCGCAGUGGUUAGUGCACUUCCUUCUCACCAAGGCGACCCGGGUUCAAUUCCCGACCUGGGCACAUGUGAGUUUGGUUUGUGGUCACCAAGUCGGACAAGUGGGUUUUCUCUGGGUACUUUGGUUUUCCCCACAACACAUUUAGACCACAUUCUUGGGCAACAUUGUGCCAACGAGAGUGAUUAAUUUAAGCUGCAAAAGCUUGUUUUACAAUCAUUGUAAAAAUAAAUAUUAUAUAUAAUAAAAGAAAAGAAACUUACCUACCUCAUUCACAGUUUUUUUUUACAUACUGAGUAGAGCAUAGGCCCUCAUGGGCCUCUUGUUUUGACAUACUGAGUAUAGCAUGGGCCCUCAUGGGCCUCUUUUUUGACAUAUUGAGAUGAAACCCUAACCACUCAUCCAUUUUUGGGGGCCUAAGUGAAAUGUUACCAAAAAAAUGUCCAUAUACCAUUUUGCAUUUCUUGGAAUUUAAAUUGUUAACAUUAGGAAUAAGGGGGGCGUAUUAUCAACGAUCGUACGCGCAAAUAUUAUCGUAAGUUUGUCGUACGUCAAAUUUACGAUCGUAACCGCGUCUUACUAAGAUUCGUAAACUUACGAUUAUCUUAACUGGUGCGUUAAAGUUACGACAGGUGAAACGCUCUCGUAAAUUUCGUAAAUAUGGCGGCGUUGUUUGUUUUCGGCCAAAGAAGAAGAAAACAACGCACCUUUAAGGAUCGCAUUUCAUCCUUAGAUCAUCUGUCAGAUGUGGAGGUUGUGGACCGAUAUAGACUCUCACGAAUCGCCAUUAUUUAUUUGGAAGAUAACCUAAGAAAUGACCUUUCACCUCCUACAAACAGGUCACAAUCGGUAUCGUCUAUGACGAAGGUGCUGGUUGGGCUUAGAGUUCUGUCUAAAGGAAAUUUCUUAUCAGAGGUAGCCGACCUGCACGGCAUAUCGAAGCAAACAGCGUCAAGGGUGUUGCAUGAGUUUGUAGACGCUGUAAAUCGAAAUAUUGACAAUAUAAGAUUUCCAAGAACACAGCAAGAAUUGGCAGAAGCAAAACUUGGCUUCUACAAAAGAUGCAAAAUUGCCAAUAUCGUAGGUGCAGUCGACGGAACACUCGUCCCUAUCAUUGCCCCGAAAGACAGUGGCGAAGCCUACAUAUGCCGGAAAGGAUUCCAUGCUAUAAAUGUGAUGGCUACAUGUAGCCACGACAGAAGGUUCAUCGACAUUGUCGCCAAGUGGCCAGGGUCGCAGCAUGAUUCUUCUGUCAUGAACACCUCGUCGUUGAAGGAACACAUGGAGAGUGAGAGGCCAGGGAUGCUGCUGGCUGAUAGCGGUUAUCCACUCACUACCAGCCUGCUAACUCCGCUUGCUAAUCCCGUAACGCCUGCUGAAGCAAGAUAUAACAACGCGCAGAGCAAGGGAAGGAUGGUUAUCGAGCAGAGUUUUGGAAUCCUGAAAGGAAGGUUUCGAUGUCUCCACAAAACCGGUGGUGUGUUGAGUUACAGUCCCGAAAAGUCGUGUGCAAUUUUUAUGGCAUGUGCCAGGUUGCACAAUAUGUGUUUGGAUUGGGGUCUGACACUGGACGAUGCCCAAGUAGUGGACCCAGGCCAAGAUGCUAUGGAGGCCUGGAUGGGACAACCAGGCUUGCAGGUGCAAGAACUGCGACGACGAGUUGUGAACACUUUUGUGUGAAAUUGAACGUAGUUUGUUUGUUCCAUUUCCUUUAAUUUAAAUAGUUUGUGAUCGCUUUGUGUUAAUACAUGAUGCAAAGUAUAAUACAAAUGAAUGUGUGCACUUACUAAGUGAUGUAAAAGUAAACAACAAAUAUACAGUAUUGUGACCUUUACAUGGAAGUUAUUGGUUGCAAAUGGACUGAACAUGUUGCCCUGAUUAACAGAGUGAUCAUUUUGUACAAGUAUUACAAUUAACUGUUAUUCAAGUCAUAUAUCUAAUUUAUGCAAUUGAUAUGAAUUGUCAAAAUGGAACAAAUAACAAAGAAAUGCCAAAACAAAUCAUUCGUUUUCCAAAGUCCCUUUUUAAUGCUGGCAUAUCCGCAAUGUUAACACAUUUGUAAACAUUCAACAAGACGGCGUUUUAAAACAACGUAUUAAAGCCAUAUUUUUUAUUCCACCAUGCAAUUUUGCAAACCUAAGAUUUGAGCUAAUUUGCUUAUUAUUUAACAAAUAG